GCGGCUCCGGCAGCAGCGGCCCCUGCGGACGCCGGUGUCUCCGUCCCGGCUGUGCUGCACCCCGGGGCGGGGGUUUACCUGUCUGGGAAUGUCAGGAGAAGUCCGGUUUGUUCUCUUCCAGUGUCACGCCGGGAUGAAGCCCGACUGCACCUACAAGCAGCUGGACCCACUGGGGGACCGUGGGGCACAGCCCACCUGCUUCCCACCAAAGUGCUCCCGCAGUGCGUUGCUUUCCACCUUCCUCCUCACCCUCUUCGUCCUCAUCUUCCUCCUCUUCCUCAAUCUCCGGCUGGGCUCAGCCCUCCGUGGUGAUGCCAGCGGUGAUGCUGGUGACGAUGCUGGAUCUUGUGGUGACGCGUGCCGGAUUGUCCUGGUGGAGAGCAUCCCGGAGGGCAUGACCUUCGGUGACGGCUCCGUGCCAAAUCCGUCCACCUUCUCCACGUGGAUGAACCUCUUGGGGACCGUCACCCGCAGCCUGGACAUCGCCUCCUUCUACUGGACCAUGACCAACGAGGACACACGGACACACGAACCCUCCGCCGCCCAGGGUGAACAAAUCCUGGAGGAACUCCUCCAGUUACCCCAGCGCGGCAUCACCGUCCGAAUCGCUGUCAGCCACCCAUCGGCAAAAACACCCCUGAAUGAUCUCCAAGCCCUGGAGAGGAGUGGUGCUGUGGUGCGCACUGUCGAUAUGCCGCGGCUCACUGGCGGCGUGCUGCACACCAAGUUUUGGCUUGUUGAUGGCACCCACCUCUACAUUGGGAGCGCCAACAUGGACUGGAGGUCUUUGACCCAGGUGAAGGAGCUCGGUGCCGCCGUCUACAACUGCAGCUGCUUGGCCAAAGAUUUAGGUAAAAUUUUUGAAGCUUACUGGGCUCUUGGCAUUCCCGGUGCUUCCAUCCCGGUACCGUGGCCGGCAAAUUAUUCCACCACCUUCAACUCGGAGACGCCACUGGAGUUGAAGCUCAACGACACCGAUGCCGCUGUCUACUUCUCGAGCUCCCCGCCAGCUCUCUGUGCCGCUGGUCGGACCCAGGAUCUUCACGCCCUCCUCAGCGUCAUCGACGCUGCCGAGGACUUUGUGGACAUCGCCGUUAUGAGCUACCUACCCACCACUGAAUUCUCCCACCCCCAAAGAUUUUGGCCGGCAAUCGACAACAGGCUGCGGAAAGCCGUCUUUGAACGCCGGGUCAAGGUCCGUUUGUUGGCGGGUUGCUGGCCCCACAGCCAAGCGACCAUGUUUCCCUUCCUCAAAUCCCUUGCGGCCAUCGCCGACAAUCAGACCCGCUACAGCGUGGAGGUGCGGCUUUUCAUGGUGCCGGCAAGCGCAGCACAAGCCCGGAUCCCCUACGCCCGGGUGAACCACAACAAGUACAUGGUGACGGAGAAGGUGGCAUAUAUCGGGACGUCCAACUGGUCCGGUGACUACUUCAUGCGGACGGCAGGAUCGGCGCUGGUGGUGAACCGGACGGUAAGCCAAACCGGUGCCGGCACCACCGCCAGCACUGCUGCCAGCACCAUCCGGGAGCAGCUGCAGGGGGUUUUUGAGCGGGAUUGGAGCUCCCAGUACAGCGCUGACAUCAGUGAUACUGAGCAGUGGGAGGGCCUCUGCGGCUCCCGUUAGGCGCCGCGGAAUGGAUCACUGGUGACCCACGGGUUCUGGCUGUGCUGAAUUUGGCCACCCUGCUCCAAUUUGGGGGGGGG